AUGGUUCCAUCGAAGAAAGAGAUCCGUGUGGAACCAUGUGGAACCAUCGAUGAAAGAGAACCAUGUGGAACCAUCGAUGAAAGAGAACCAUGUGGAACCAUCGAUGAAAGAGAACCAUGUGGAACCAUCGAUGAAAGAGAACCAUGUGGAACCAUCGAUGAAAGAGAACCAUGUGGAACCAUCGAUGAAAGAGAACCAUGUGGAACCAUCGAUGAAAGAGAACCAUGUGGAACCAUCGAUGAAAGAGAACCAUGUGGAAUUGGUCCUGGUGAUGAUGACAAGGGUCCUGGUGAUAGUGACAAAGGUCCUGAUGAUAGUGACAAGGGUCCUGGUGAUAGUGACAAGAGUCCUGGUGAUGAUGACAAGGGUCCUGGUGAUAGUGACAAGGGUGCUGGUGAUCGUGACAAGGGUGCUGGUGAUAGUGACAAGGGUCCUGGUGAUAGUGACAAGGGUGCUGGUGAUCGUGACAAGGGUCCUGGUGAUAGUGACAAGGGCCCUGGUGAUAGUGACAAGGGUCCUGGUGAUAGUGACAAGGGUCCUGGUGAUAGUGACAAGGGUCCUGGUGAUAGUGACAAGGAUGACAAGGGUCCUGGUGAUGAUGACAAGGGUCCUGGUGAUAGUGACAAAGGUCCUGGUGAUAGUGACAAGGGUCCUGGUGAUAGUGACAAGGGUGCUGGUGAUAGUGACAAGGGUCCUGGUGAUGAUGACAAGGGUCCUGGUGAUAGUGACAAAGGUCCUGGUGAUAGUGACAAGGGUCCUGGUGAUAGUGACAAAGGUCCUGGUGAUAGUGACAAGGGUCCUGGUGAUAGUGACAAAGGUCCUGGUGAUAGUGACAAGGGUCCUGGUGAUAGUGACAAAGGUCCUGGUGAUAGUGACAAGGGUCCUGGUGAUAGUGACAAAGGUUCUGGUGAUAGUGACAAGGGUCCUGGUGAUGAUGACAAGGGUGCUCAUAAUAGUGACAAGGGUCUUGGUGAUAGUGACAAGGGUGCUGAUAAUAGUGACAUUAAGGGUGCUGAUAAUAGUGACAUUAAAGGUGCUGAUAAUAGUGACAUUAAGGGUGCUGAUAAUAGUUACAUUAAGGGUUCUGGUGAUAGUGACCAAAUUCAGGGAUAA